AUGGAAGAGCUAGGGUGCCACGAAGUCAGACUGGCGGAGGCAGAGAUAGUCAUAGCUACCGAACCCGCGGCGCCAUCCCUUGUGGAUCGAUACUCUACUCGCUGGUGUAAGGCGGAUGUUAAAGGAAAACCCUGUGAGGACCACUGCGUACUUCAGCACUCCAACCGAAUAUGUGUUAUCACACUGGCAGGCUCUCAUCCCGUUCUUCAAAGUGGCAAAACUGUUAAAAGUAUUUCCUAUCAGAUCCGUACCAACUGUAGCAGACUUCAGAACAAAGUAGCUGGGAAAUUUAAACGGGGGGCACAGUUUUUAACAGAGCUCGCACCUGUGUGUAAGAUUUACUGCUCCGAUGGAGAAGAAUAUACCGUAUCUAGCUGUGUUAGAGGUCGGUUGAUGGAAGUUAAUGAAAAUAUUCUUCACCAGUCAUCUCUUCUUCAAGAAAAGCCAGCCACUGAAGGCUACAUUGCAGUAGUAUUACCCAAAUUUGAAGAAAAUAAAAGCGUAACAGAAGGCUUACUGACACAGCCUCAGUAUGAAGAGGUCGGUAAACGCAAUAAUGCCACAACAACCACAUCAAGAGCCUAA